ACAAAUAAUCCUUGACAUGUCAAUCAACAUGGUGUGAAAAAACAAAUUUGUUAAAAUAAAAUUAAUGAUAAAAAAAUGUUGUUACCAGAAUCAUCGUCGGAUAUUGCUAAAAGAAGAUUAUCAUCAUUAUUAUUGAAUAAAAACAGCACAAUAUUUGUUGAUGAACCAUUAUCAUCAAUGCCAAUGGUGAAUAUAACGAAUAACAAUCAUACAGUGACCAAUAAUACAGUGAAUGUGAAUUGUUGGUCAGAUGAUGCAACAUCGAUUCUAUAUCAAUUGGCAUAUAUUAGUUUAUUGAUUGUAUAUCUAGUGCCCAAUGGAAAAUAUUGUCUACUGUUUAUUCAUUUUAUUUUGGCCAUAUCUAAUUUAUUGUUAAUCAUAUGGAUUUCCAAAAUAUGUUUCAUCACCGUUCCUAGCCUAUUAGGAUGGUCGAUAACAUUUUUGUGUGUGAAUAUUUUGCGAAUUGCCAAUGAAUUAUAUCAAACAAGAUAUAUUAAAUUCAAUAAAGAAUUGGAAGAAACAUAUAAUGAACUGUUUGCCAUUGUUGGCAUUAGUCGUGAAUCAUUUAAAAGAUUAAUUCAUCAAGGUAAAUUAAUUACAUUACAUUCCGGUGAAUCAUAUGCAACCGAAAAAAUAACGGCCAAUAAUCGUUUAUCAUUACUUAUAUCCGGAAAGAUCAAUGUAUUAUCGAAAAAUCAUUUUCUUCAUUCAAUAAAACCGGGUGAAUUUUUGGAUUCACCCGAAUGGGAAAGCUGUUGUUGUCAUUCGAAUACAAUAAAAUCAUUAUCAUCAUCAUCAAUGUUAGUCAAAUCAAAGGAGAUUCAUCAUUCAAAUAAAAUCAAUGAAAAAACAUCAACAUCAUCAACAACAACCGAUAAUAAUGAGGAAGAAAGUUCUCAUCGAUCAAUAAUUGAUGAUAAUCGUUUUAAUGUUUCAUUGAUUGCCAUCACACAAUGUCGUAUACUUUGUUGGAAUCGAAUACAAUUAGAAUACUAUCUGGCCAAAGACAAACAAAUGAAUAAAAUUCUAAACAUUUUAAUUGGUCGUGAUAUAACCAAUAAACUUUACGCAAUGAAUGCCAAUAUUAUAUCGGAUAAAGGAUCAAUAUUGGACAUAAGAUUGCCGGUUAUAAUCAAUUCGAUGACCAAACAAUUAAUCGAUAAUGAUGGUAAAAGAAUUAUCAACAAUAAUAAUAGACAACGUUCCCAAUCAAUUCAUCCUUCACCAACACCUCGACUAUCAUCACUAUCAUCAAAUAAAAUCAUCAGAUCGGAAAAAGAUGACAAACGCAAUGAUAAUCAAUUAAUCGAUCAACAAGCAGCAAUCAUUCUGAAUGAUGAUCAUCAAAUGAACUCAUCAUUAUCGAUGAUCGAUAUGAAGGCCACCGCCACUACUAAUCAGAAUACAAUGAAACAAACCAACCAGUAACAGAAAUAAUCGAUUAUUCUUACCAUUUGAAAUUGAUUACUUUUGUGAAUUGAAAUUUUUA